UCUCGAAAAGGAGAGUGCACAUUAGAGCUUUUGAAAACCCUAUUACUAUUUCUAUUACAAAACAAAUUCGGAUCUGCAGUACAAUCUCUAGGGUUUCUGAAAGAAGAAGAAGAAGAAGAAGAAGAAGGCCGAUCGAAUCAAAUGGCGAUGGCUGCGUUGAGGCGAGAGGGAAGGCGUUUCGUCCCUCUGAUCUCUCCCAAUCCCAUCAAUACCCUCCGAUCCUCUCUCGUUCCUUCCCAGGAGCAGGCCUCUCUAGGUGUUCGUUCUAUCUCAACUCAAAUUGUCCGAAACCGUAUGAAGAGUGUUAAGAGUAUCCAGAAAAUUACAAAGGCAAUGAAAAUGGUUGCAGCCUCGAAGCUGCGGGCAAUUCAAGUUAGAGCUGAAAAGUCCCGUGGCCUAUGGCAGCCAUUCACAGCACUUCUUGGUGACUCCCCAAGCAUUGAUGUCAAGAAGAACGUUAUCGUGACAAUUUCUUCAGACAAAGGUCUUUGUGGUGGAAUUAAUUCUACUGCAGUCAAGACAAGCAAGGGACUUUAUAAGUUGAAUUCAGGUCCUGAUAAAGAAAGUAAAUAUGUCAUCUUGGGAGAGAAAGCAAAGGCUCAACUGAUACGAGACUCAAAGAAGGACAUUGAGCUAACCAUAACUGAGCUGCAGAAGUCAUUUCUGAACUAUACUCAGGUUUCUGUUCUUGCAGAUGACAUUUUAAAGAACGUGGAGUAUGACGCAUUAAGGAUUGUCUUCAACAAAUUCCAAUCGGUUGUUUCAUUUCUGCCAACUACUGCUACUGUAUUAUCUCCUGAGGUUGUGGAAAGGGAAUCUGAAGCAGGGGGAAAGCUUGGUGAUCUGGAUUCCUAUGAAAUUGAAGGUGGCGAGACCAAGUCAGAAGUACUUCAGAAUCUAACGGAAUUCCAGUUUUCUUGUGUUAUGUUCAAUGCGGUUUUGGAGAAUGCUUGCAGUGAGCAAGGAGCAAGGAUGUCUGCCAUGGAUAGCUCCAGCAGGAAUGCUGGCGAGAUGCUUGAUCGCCUCACACUUACUUAUAACAGAACCCGUCAAGCAUCGAUCACCACAGAGCUGAUUGAGAUUAUAUCUGGAGCAUCAGCACUGGAGGGGUAGGCUAUAUGCAUGCACAAAUUUCUGCUACUUUGUCCGAUGGUGACGAAAUAAAACCUUAGUGGGAAACAUCAUUUGCGAUUGUUGAUGAUACCUUAUAGAGAGUUUUUGUUUUGCUACUGUAAUAAUCUCCACGAGUCGCUCCGGAGAAGAUUAUUUUGAUGGUUUCAGUAUAUCCUGGAAUUCCUUUUAUCAUUUGCAAGUGUUGAAAAUCUACAAAUUGUCAACGACAGUUGGGUCCUCUUUGAAUUUUCCCUUUGGGAUUUGUCUGAUGCUGAUUAUUGGGAUCCAUUUUACGCAUCGGUUGCGUUUUAUAUGUAUUUUCUGUUUGGAAAAAAAAAGAAGUCAUUGUAAGUUUCUACA